GUUGUUUUUUUCCGUCGUCGCAGAGCUAGCACGUCGUUAACGGAAAUUCUUGUCAACAUUUUUCGCGCUCUACAUUUCAACGGCGCCCGGUCGUCGUCGCCGUCGCUGCCAACAUUGUCAACCGCAGCGGCGUCGCAUCAAGACAAAAAAACCUCUGGUUUUUCCAUGAGAAAACUACUGCAUAAAUAAUAUCACAACAUAUCGGUGGCUAAAAAUUCGACACGCGCUCAUCUCUAACGCUAGGAUCAUAACAGAAAAGACUGCACCGCUCUGCCUUAAGCCUCGCCGCGGAAUACGUACGGGACCGAGACGGAGACGGCGACUGCAGCAGACAGAAGAGAGAGAGUGCGAGAGAUCCAGAGAGAAAAUCACAGACAGGCUAUAGACAUACAUACACACACACUCACAAUGAGCUCUUAUCUGGAACUUUUUGGAUUGUUUGUGGUACUGAUGCUGCCCUUUCUGUACGAGACGAAUCACAUAUUCCGAUAUUAUUUCAAGUUUUUAAUCUAUUAUGGAAUCGUCUCGUUUAACGCGAUCAUUCUGAUACCGGCGUUUCUCACGCGGCCCUGCGAUGUGCGCAAUUUACUCUGGGCGAGCACCUGGUGUCAUCGUGUCACGGCGUUAAUUGGCCUGCGCUGGGAGCUGCGCGGCAAGGAGCAUCUGGAGAAGGAUCAGGCCUGCAUCAUUGUGGCCAACCAUCAGAGUUCACUGGAUGUGCUGGGCAUGUUCAACAUCUGGCAUGUGAUGAACAAGUGCACGGUGGUGGCCAAACGGGAGCUGUUCUAUGCCUGGCCAUUCGGUUUGGCCGCCUGGCUGGCUGGGCUCAUAUUCAUUGAUCGUGUGCGCGGCGAGAAGGCGCGGGAUACGCUAAAUGCGGUUAAUCGUCGGAUUAAGAAGCAGCGCAUCAAGCUAUGGGUAUUCCCGGAGGGUACACGCCGCAAUACCGGCGAACUGCAUCCGUUCAAAAAGGGCGCCUUUCACAUGGCCAUCGAUCAGCAGAUACCCAUACUGCCGGUGGUCUUUAGCUCCUAUUGUGCAUUCCUCAAUGAUAAAAAGAAGAUACUGAACGCUGGACGGAUUGUGAUUACCACACUGCCGCCGGUUAGCACCGAGGGACUCACCAAGGAUGACAUCGAUCAAUUAAUGGAACGUGUGCGCGGCCAAAUGUGCGAAACAUUUAAGCUCACCUCCGCGGAAAUGCUGCAACGCUAUAAGCCACAUAAAUCCAUAUCGCCGUCGGUGGUCAAUGGCGCCGAGGCAGUUGCCGCAGCCGUUGCCAAUAGCUCCGGCUAUGCGCAGCUGCAUGUGGGCGCCGCCGCCGCCGCCUCCUCCUACGAGACGUACAAGAGCAGCGCCGGCAAGGCGACCAUGCUGAAGACGCUAUAGGCUUGCGAUCUAUAGCUCUCUCUCUCUCCCUAUAUAUAUAUAUAUAUAUAUAUAUAUAUAUGGGUAUAUAUAGGUUUCUAUGGCAAACCCUAAACUUAUGAUGGCGCGACAAUUGUCGACGAUCGACACUUUUCUUUCCUUAAACAACACACAUACCAAAAAGAAAACUAUCAGAAAAAGUAGCCAAAAAAAAAAAAAGAAACAA